AUGGCCAACACAUUCACCAACGGCCGCCGCUAUCACUGCCUUGCCGCUGCCGCCCUCCUCACCGUCCUCUCCCUUGGCCUAAUCCCCAACGUUUCCGCCGAGCAGGCUCCAGCCCCGCCCCCUCCGACGUGUGGAUCAGACUCCCACGGCGGCUGCCACAACAGGGCUGAGGCCCUGAAGCUCAAGUUGAUCGCGAUCGCGGCCAUUCUGGUCACGAGCAUGAUCGGGGUUGGCCUCCCGCUGUUCUCCCGGGACGUCCCCGUGCUGAAGCCCGACGGGAAAGUGUUCGUCAUCAUCAAGGCCUUCGCCUCGGGGGUCAUACUGGCCACAGGGUACAUGCACGUGAUGCCCGACUCCUUCGACGACCUGCGGUCCAUGUGCCUGCCCGAGGUCCCAUGGAGGAAGUUCCCGUUCACGACGUUCGUGGCGAUGCUCUCGGCCAUCAUCACUCUGAUGGUGGACUCGUACGCCAUGGCUUACUAUAAGAAGAUCAAUGCUGAGAUGAUCGGUGACGGUGGCGCUAAUAGUCAGGCGAAGGACGCGGUGGUGGGGUUAGAACAAGGAGGGACCAAUCCACAUGCGCACUGCGGUGGCGGCGGUGCGAUUGAGGGAGCGAAGGCGCAACUGUUGAGGCAUAGAGUGGUUGCUCAGGUACUGGAGCUGGGGAUAGUGGUGCACUCGGUGGUGAUAGGCCUCGGGUUGGGGGCCUCCGACAACCCGUGCACGAUCCGGCCGCUCAUUGCCGCUCUGUGCUUCCACCAAAUGUUCGAAGGGAUGGGCCUCGGUGGGUGCAUACUACAGGCGGAGUUCGGGCUCAAGUUGAAGCUGAUCAUGGCCUUCUUCUUCUCGGCCACAACACCGUUCGGGAUUGCGCUCGGGAUCGGACUGUCGAACGUGUACAGCGAGAGCUCCCCAGCGGCUCUGAUCGUGGAGGGGCUGCUGAACGCGUCGUCGGCGGGGCUGCUGAACUACAUGGCGCUCGUGGACCUCCUCGCGGCCGAUUUCUUGGGGACGAGGCUGCAGGGCGACAUGAAGCUCCAAACGUGGGCUUACGUUGCGGUCUUGUGUGGGGCUGGAUUGAUGUCCUUGAUGGCUAAAUGGGCCUAAGUUUGAUUUUUUUUUUCGUCUUAUCAAAAUUCCUAUGGUUGGAAUUGUAAUGUUUUUAAAGAGGGAAUGGAAUUGCGGUCGUGAACAGGUUUCAUUCGGCGUCGAUGUUUCUUGAAUCCAUAAAACUUUUGAAGAUGU